AUGGCCCGCGAUCGUCAACUCAGGGAGUUGCAAGACCGCCAGUUCGGCCGAGCUGACACGAACAUGAACCAGAACGAACAUGGCCGUGGAGACCGUGCGGAAGACAGAAACAGAAAGCGGGCGCCAUCGCGAUCGCCCACGACAACUCCUUUCGAGAAGAAGCGCCGGGUGACAACAAGCAGUGCCCCGGCGACCUUCAAAACCCUCCGCCGGCUGCAGCGUCAGUAUCGUCUCAUGAUCUCUAUCAAACAACUCACUGGGCUGUGUGCAUACCUGUCGGUGGCACUAGAUCAUGGAUAUCCGCUGUCAGAUCAAGCCUAUGACCUCUUCGUCACCAGCCACUCGACUUUCAGUGAAGAACAAGCCACCUCGCCCUCCUUGCAGCGUGUUUCAUACCACACAUGGUUGAUUCAGAGGCAGCCUCAAGCUAUCGGGCUCCAUCAGGUCAUCACCCGCGAGAUUUUGGGGGCGAUUGCCGAAGAGAACCCAUACACCUUCAACAUGAUCGACCGCAGACUGAAUAAGCUGAUGAACACAGUCGAUCUCAACCGGGAUUCCGUCUAA